AUGAUUGAACUUCCAAUUCUGGGAGAUAAAGUAGAAGACAAUUAAACACAGGAAUACUUUGAAGAGUUUAAUGAACGUUAUGAAUUAAGAGUCUACUAUUAUGAGGAAGACAAUAAUUUUAUGAUUAAGAUUCUAAGAAUAGUAAGUCUUGGACUUUUUUCACUUUUUGAAAAAUGGUUUGUUUAGGUAUCAUUAUUAAGGUACUUUGAAUUUAUUUAUCAUAUAUAGCUUUUAGAAGAGUACAAACCCAUCUCAUUUAUUGAUUUAAAAGAUGAAAGAUGGUAAACGAAUGAGUAAAGAUAAAAUCAUUAAAUGUAAGAGGGAUGGAGAUAGGAUUAAAUUUAAAUAUGAAUAUAUUAACUUUCUAAUAACUCCAUAAAAUUAAUUGAAAAAGUUAGAAUUGAUUAAUUAUGAUUAUAAUGAAUUAAGUAAAUAUGAAGCACAACAAAGGUAAAUUUUAUAUGGAGAAAAUAUAAUGUAAAUUGAAGAAUGUACUAGAAGUUAAAUAUUAUUUAAUGAAAUCUUAUCACCAUUUAAUAUCUUUUAAGUAUUUUCUUUCAUUGUUUGGUCUCUGGAUGAUUAUUAUCUUUAUGCUAUUUUGAUUGCGAUUUUAACCAUAAUAUAAAUUACCAUUAGUUUAUAUGAUUUAGAAUAACAAAAUCAUAAAAUAAGAGAGAUGAUUUAUUAUGAGAAUUCUGUUAUUGUUCAUAGAGAUAAUCAUUAAUUAAAAAUAUCUUCAAAAGACUUAGUUCCAGGAGACAUUGUUUAAGUUACAGCAAAAUCUAUGAUUACUUUUGAUGGUCAACUUGUUUAAGGAGAGGCUGUUUUUAAUGAAGCUAUUUUAACUGGAGAAAGUACUCCAAUAUUAAAAACAAUAAACUUAGAAAUAUUUAGUGGAUGUACCUGUUUAUCUGCAAGUUAAGAUUGUAGAGCUCUAGUGAAAUCAAUAGGUUUUAAUACUAUAAAAGGAUCAUUAGCUAGAUAUAUAUUAUUUAAUAAUUCAUAUACUUAUUCAUUCUAAAAGGAAUCACUUAAAUAUUUAUUUGUUUUAAGUUUUUUAGGAAUAUUAUUAUCAAUAGUUAAUUAUUUUAUUCGUUUAAAAUCUACAUAAAAUAAUUUUGGAAGCAUUAUAGAAGCUCUUGAAAUAUUUACAAUAAUGAUACCUCCUUCAUUACCUACUGCUUUAGGUGCUGGAUUAUAAGUGGCAAAUUAGAGAUUAAAAGCAAAUAAUAUAUUUUGUAUAAAACCAGAUAAAAUUAAUGUAAGUGGAAUGGUUAAUUUUAUUGGAUUUGAUAAGACAGGUACAUUGACUGAAUCAACACUUAAAGUUCUAGGAUGUGUAGAGAAAAAAUUAUUAAUAAAUCCUAAUCAUUGUAAAGAGAUAAUGUAAUUAGCAUUAAAAAGUUGUCAUACUCUUGUUGGUGGUUGUGGAGAUAAUUUAGAAAUAGCUAUGUUAGAAUGUUGUUAAUAAUAAUUUGAUUUUGAAUAUUAGAAAAUUUAUUAAUUUGAAGCCAAUCUUUAAAGAAUGUCUGUAAUAAUUAAAUAUAAAGGAAAAUUAUUAGCUUUAACAAAAGGAUCACCAGAAAUAAUGGAAAGAUUAUGUUUUUAAACUAUACCUGAUUAAUUUGCAUCUACAGUUAAUCAAUAUUAAUAAGAGGGAUAUAGAUUAAUAUCAUUUGGAUAUAAAGAAAUUAAUGAUGUUAAUGAAGAAAGAAAAUAUAUUGAAAAUGGAUUAUAAUAUCUUGGAACUUUAGUAUUUGUAAAUCAUUUAAGAGAAGAUUCUAAAUAAUUAAUUGAAUUAUUGAAUUCAAUUAAUAUUAAAUGUAUUAUGGUAACAGGAGAUAAUAUAUUAACAUCAAUUAACAUUGCAAAAUAAUGUCAGAUUUUGGAUCCUAAUUAACCUGUUAUUACUGGAUAAAUAAUUAAUGAUAAAUUAGUAUUUGAUAAUAAUAUAAAUGUUGAAGAAAUUGAAUAAAUGAAUUAUUAAGUGGCAUUGACAGGAGAUUCUUGGGAAUGUGUUGAUAAAGUAUUAAUUAAUAUUAUUUUUGAGUAUCCUUGAAAAAACUAAAGUGUUUGCUA